AUGGCUGACGAUCGCGUGCCUCCCGGAACACCCCUUUCCGCCAUUUCUGUUGCAGCUCAAGAUUGGCACGCCCAGGGGUACGGCGUCUAUCUGGUCACCGAGAAGCCGCACUUAUUCCGAGGGAUUUGGCCUCUCAACGUCGCAUGCCUCUAUGGAAUUUCCGCCGAGAAAUCUUGGCUGGGCACCGCCUAUUUGUCGUACGGGCCUUCACCUCUGAUUUUCAUGCAGCAGCCGCCACCGCCAAAAAAGUACUCGGCCCCACCAGACUUUCGGCACCAUUUCACUCCACCACUUUGCUUUUCUAGCUCAGGAACUCGCCGAUCAGAGAGGUUUCCUUCACGGUAUCAACUACGAACGAUCCCUCUCUCCCGGUCCUCACGUUUCAGAUGUGCUGAGAAGAUUCUGUAUCUGCAGUUGCUCACAAUCGACCUGAAAUUGCUAACAUGGCAAAUACUAGCCCCAAUACCAAUGGAAGCCAAUUUUUCAUCUGUACUGUCAAGGAUGGUCCUGAGUUCUGGAUUAGCAGAUAAGAUUAUUUGGAAGAGGGAGUUGCUUGAUUAA